CUUCUUUCUCUCUAUUAUUAUAUCUACAAAGUAUUAGUAUAACAUGUCUAGUGAGGGUAGCAUAGUUGUUCUUGUGCAUUGGAAUGAGGUGUUGACUGAAAUUAAUAAUGAAGUCAAUUACUCUACGUAUCCAAAUGCUGCACUUUUUUAAGUGAUCAUACUACAUAUGCAACACUAUGUGAGCGCAUUAUGCAAGAAAUAUCCCAUGAAGGUUUAUAUGAUAUGAGAACCAUUCAUGGAAAAUUUCUCACAUAUAAUUCCGAGGGAAUACGUGUUGCCUCCAUGCUGUGGCCUAUCCAUGAUGACCAGUCAUGGAUCUAUUUUCUACAAUUUGCUCGCAAUGAAUACGAAUGAUUGGAGAUAUACAUCAAUGCCGAAAAGAUGCAAACGGGGGUUUCAUCUCAACAACGAACUUCUAUGCGUCCUCCCAACCAAGGCACUUCCCGGUCAAUGAUUGUAAUACUUGAGAUUUAAUAUAAAUGGAUUAAUAGUACUACUCAUACCAACAAGGUGCAUCUCCUUUUAAGGGAGCUCAUUAGCCAAGAAAUCCAAAGUUAAGUGUGUUUGCACGGGAGUAGUCUUGGGAUGGGUGACCCCCUAGGAAGUUUCUCAGGGCGUGCACGAGUGAGGACAAAGUGCGCGGAGAAGGCUAGUGGCGGUUUGUGAGGACAGUACUAGAGGCCCGAAGUAACUACCUCGGGGCCUGCAGGGCCGAGGUGUUAGAAAUGGUAUCAGAGCAACCCUGUGACAGUGUGCUGAUCCGUUAGAUAUCGGACGGACACUUAGCAGGGGAAACGAUUCUGGGAUAUGAUUGAGAUUGGUUUAUGGGCGCAACGAGGACGUUGCGUUCCUAAGUGGGGGUGAUUGUAAUACUUGAGCUUUAAUUUAAAUAGAUUAAUAGUACUACUCAUACCAACAAGGUGCAUCUCCUUUUAAGGGAGCUCAUUAGCGAAGAACUCCAAAGUUAAGCGUGCUUGCACGUGAGUAGUCUUGGGAUGGGUGACCCCCUGGGAAGUUUCUCAGAGCGCACACGAGUGAGGGCAAAGUGCGCGGAGAAGGCUAGUGGCGGUUUGUGAAGACAAUACUAGAGGUCAGAAGUAACUACAUCGGGGUCUGUGGGGCCGAGGUGUUACAAUGAUUGACAUCAAUGUCCCCCAUGAUGCUUCAGAUAGUGACGAUGAUCCUAAUUAUAACGCUCCUUCCUUUUGUGAACACGAGAGCAGUUCCGAAGACAGUGAUGAUAACCCAAACGAGGACGAGGAUGAGGAUGAGGAGGAGUUCGUUGAACCCACAUAUCGUGAAGAACGACCCAUACAUGUGGGUAGAGUAUAUGAUACGUCCGAAGAGUUGAAGGAAGAUGUGUCCCUUCAAAACCUCGAAGAAUUUCGAACAUUUUGUAGUGAGGCGAAACACAUAAAUUAUUGGCGAGCAAAAUGUGUAUAUGAUGACGUUUGUGUGUGGCAUAUUCAAGCAUCACAAAUCAAACACACCACACAGUGGAAAGUCAACCAGUAUCAACCGCAACACGAUUGCAUUCCCAACUGCACAUGUGGGUUACAAGAAAGCAUGGUAUGCUCGAAUCUUGGCAUUGGAGAAACGAUUUGGUAAUUGGGAGGCAGCGUACAACGAUCUCCCAAAACUUUUUACAAGGUAUGGCAUUUAGUAAUCCGGGCAUCAUUGUCGACCUACGAACAGAUCCAACCGUUACACAACGUACGCGUGAAUUUAAGUACGCAUUUUGGUCAAUCAAAGCAACGAUUGAUGGUUUCAAUCACUGUCUUCCAGUCAUUUCCAUUGAUGGUACACAUUUGUACGGUAAGUACAAAGGCACUUUGUUGGUCGCGGUGGCGAUGAAUGCUAACCGUGAAAUCUUUCCUCUAGCUUUUGGGGUGGUUGAUAGUGAAAACGGGGACAGUUGGACGUGGUUUUUACAGUUAGUUGCGACAAAUAUUAUUCAUCCGUGUCAGAAUGUUUGCAUAAUAUUUGACCGACAUGUCGCUAUUGAUUGUGUGUUCCGAAAUGUGCCACAAUCGAGAACACCUCUAAUUCAGAGGUGAUAUUGUCUUCGACACAUUCGAAGUAAUUUUAUGUCCCAAUUUCAUAGCAAGAAUCUAAAAAAAUUGUGUUGGCGUGCGGGAAGUACCCUCAUUCUAAAUGAAUUCACUAAUUACAUGCAACAAAUUCGGGAUGCUAAUGAAAGAGCAUUCAACUAUCUUGGUGCCAUUCCUAAAGAGAAGUGAGCACUUUGUUUUGAUGGUUGGUGUUGUUAUGGAAUUUUAACGACCAAUCUAUAUGAAAGUUUUAACCAUGCACUGAAAGGAUGUAGAACGCUUCCAAUUACAACACUUGUGAGAGCAACUUUUGAUAAAUCUGUUCAGCUCUUUGCAGAACAACGUAAUGCUAGUAUGAUGUGCAUUCAAAGUGGAUAUCAAUUUCCGAAAAAAAUCCGGAAGCAGAUUAUGGAUCGAUGACAACAAAGGCGUCACA